UUUGUAUGGAUGAGGAUCAGCAAGUACCUGCUGCCCUUGGAUGGUGGACCAUGUGGCAAUCCGAGAAUGCGGUGAUAAAGGACAGGCAUGCUUCAGUCAACCGGUAUUCUUCGGGCAUGGUCUCGAACGCAGAGUCGCGUAUUGAUAAACCCGCUCUCCCCAAGCGCGUCACCCAAGGAAACGCCAAACAGUUAGCCCUUCCAUCUUUUUCAGAUCGGGUAUAUCCAUUCUCUUUACAAGCAGGUCGUCAUUCGCCGCCAUGAAGGAGAUGCACCAUUCCGUCGAUCCGGCCGACCUUGACCCCAAGCCAUAUAUCGGCCACGUCGAACAUGUUGAAAAGGGCGAGGCAAGCUCCUCAAACCAGGAUAUCGCUCAUGACAACCCUGAAUACCUGAAAAGGCUAAAAAAGCUUACUCUCAAGAUCGAUAUCAGGGUCAUCCCCAUCUUGGGAGCUAUGUAUUCUAUCAGUGGUAUUGAUCGGACAAAUCUUUCCAAUGCCCGCGUUGCUGGAAUGGAUGUUGAUCUAGGAUUCAAUCAAGGCAACAGAUACUCAAUCGCCCUCCUGGUGUUUUUCUUCACGUAUUUCAUCUUCGAAAUUCCGUCAAACAUCGUCCUACGCAAGGUUCCGGCCCAUCGGUACCUCGCCUUCCUCGCGUUUGGCUGGGGUGUUUGCAUCAUGUGUGCCGGUUUCGCCCAUAAUUGGAUUCCUAUUGUCAUUAUCCGCUUGCUAGUCGGUGUUUUCGAAGCGGGAUUUUUUCCUGGAUGCGUCUACCUCAUCAGCUCCUGGUACGAACGAUAUCAAGUCCAGCAACGCAUCGCCUGGUUCUAUGCUGUCAACGUCGUAUCAAAUGGUUUCGGUAACAUACUGGCCUAUGGAUUGAUCCAGAUGGAAGGAGUUGGUGGCUUACGUGGGUGGCGAUGGAUUUUCGUCAUAGAAGGACUAAUCACCGUCGCCUUGGCUGCCUUAGGAUACGCCUUGAUUGUUCCAUUUCCGGACCAGGUAUUGAAAUCCCGAAAGCCAUUCUUGAACGAGGACGAGGUCCAGAUGAUUACCGACCGCCUGAAUCGCGAUCGUAGCGAUGCUGAAUUUGAUGAGAUUACUUGGCCCAAGAUCAAACACUGUUUGCUCAAAUGGGAGAUCUGGCUUUUCGCCCUGAUGUUCAUGAGCGCUGCUGUAGGGAUCUAUGCAUUUGCUUUCUUCUCUGCAAUAAUCAUUAAGUCCUUUGGAUAUUCUGUCAGCGAGACUUUCCUACUAGCCGCACCUCCUGCCGUGGCUAGUGUCCCAUUUGCUAUUUUUUGUUCUUGGUUGGCCGACAGAUGGCGCACUCGAGCCCCUUUUGCCAUCCUACAGUCUAUUGUUACCCUCGUCGGGAUGAUCCUCGUUCGAUACGCUCACGGUACUGGUCCCCGCUACUUCGGAGUUUUCCUUGGAACUGCGGGUUGCAAUGCCAGUUUGUCAACGGUGCUUGCAUGGCAGGCGAAUAACAUCCGUGGCCAGAGCACUCGAGCGAUCGCCUCAGCUAUGCAGGUCAUGUUUGGAGCCAUUGGAGGCAUUUAUGCCAGCACGACAUUCAUGGAGAAGGAGUUGCCGCAUUAUACGAGCGGAAUCUGGGCUGCGGUGGCAACCCAGCUCGCCACGAUCCUGAUGUGCAUCGGACUGGCUUUCUACUAUAUGAUGAGAAACAAGCAGGCGAACAGGGGCGAACGGAUUCUGGAGGGCCUCGCAGAAUUUAGGUACACCAUCUAGGCCCUGUCCCAAGGAAUUUUCGGAGGUGGUAGCAGAUGUAGGACAAUAGUGAUGGACAAUAGUAAGAACAAUAG